GUUAGAAUCCUCCACUCCAUUGUCCUCCUUUCACUUGCCUAUUGCUACGCUGCUACCAUAGUCAUCURAUGAUGCCUAMACGUGCUGCAGGUUUGAGCAAGGUAACUGCAGUGGAUCGACGGUGUGGAAUAUACUKCGGCCUGCCCUAUCGAAAUAAAGACAACUUCCGGUUGUCCACUCUUAGACGAAGUAUGGCGUUGGAGAUCGGCAGGCGCAUUCCGGAGAUACUCAGGGUGGAGCUCGACCCGGACAUCUUUCUUCCAUGGCCUACGGCGGGUCCGACUUUGAUUAGGAUCAUUAAGCCGAAGAUUUGGGAGGCCCAGAGGAGCUCUGCGCACCCUGCUAUACCUAUGGACAACUUCGCAAUGGCGGACGUCUUGAUGGCACAACCACAGAUCACAACUGUUGCGGGGAUAGUCCUCUCGGUGGAAUACAAGGAUGUGGUGAUUGGGGAGAUACGGUGUUCCAGAACCAGGUUGGAGGAGGGGAGCAUCUGCUGUGACACUAGGCUAAGGGGUGUUUCAGGGGAGGAUGCGUUCCCAGGAGAGCGGAGUGGGCUGCUUUGGUCGGCAAUGAGAACGGCUAUGUGUGAGAUUGCCUCCUCAGUCGCUGCUACCUUGGAUCAUCGUGAGGACGCAGGAGGGGACUGCUUCUAUGGAUUCGGCGGCCUGUUCGGCCCGGAUGCAGACUACUGGGCAACGAUUGCAAGGACUAAAGAUGCCCUGAUGGCGGAACCAAGGUCACCGGGACCUCGCACCGAGGAUGCGUUCGUACUGUCUGGCUCCAACAUAGCGGGUAUCGCCGAAAACGCAAGCAACGGCUCGGAGCAGGAUGGCGAGGGAGGCCAACGAGGGAUGGAGGCACACCACGACGGCUUUGGAUUCAGGCGUAGGGUGGAAGGAGAGGGAUAUAUCAGGAUCAGCUCUUUGAGCAAUGGUAGAAUCAGAUAUGGAUGGACAAAGGAGGGGACAACCGAGACUAAUGAUAGGACAUUUGGGCCUGAGAAGCUUAUUGAGAUGAAUCAGUGGUUGACAGACAGGAACUACAUCCAGUUUGGCGGAAGGGUCUGGAGGCAAAAGAAUGGGAUCCCGAUGGGAUUACCUUGUUCGCCCAUCUGGUGCAACCUUUAUUUCUUCCGAUAUGAAUUCGAAUGUAUGAUGAGGUUGAUCGAAACGGGGAACAAGCACCUGGCCACGUUAUUCUCACACACAUUUAGGUACAUGGAUGACUUGAACUCCCUGAAUAACACCUGUAUUCGUGAAUUCCUUAUGGAUGGCCACCCGCACAACGCAGAUGACCCAAUCUGGUUAUACCCGCCUGAACUUAUUGAGAUCAAGGAGCUCAGCACUAACGACAAGGUGGGUUUGAGCAAGGUAACUGCAGUGGAUCGACGGUGUGGAAUAUACUKCGGCCUGCCCUAUCGAAAUAAAGACAACUUCCGGUUGUCCACUCUUAGACGAAGUAUGGCGUUGGAGAUCGGCAGGCGCAUUCCGGAGAUACUCAGGGUGGAGCUCGACCCGGACAUCUUUCUUCCAUGGCCUACGGCGGGUCCGACUUUGAUUAGGAUCAUUAAGCCGAAGAUUUGGGAGGCCCAGAGGAGCUCUGCGCACCCUGCUAUACCUAUGGACAACUUCGCAAUGGCGGACGUCUUGAUGGCACAACCACAGAUCACAACUGUUGCGGGGAUAGUCCUCUCGGUGGAAUACAAGGAUGUGGUGAUUGGGGAGAUACGGUGUUCCAGAACCAGGUUGGAGGAGGGGAGCAUCUGCUGUGACACUAGGCUAAGGGGUGUUUCAGGGGAGGAUGCGUUCCCAGGAGAGCGGAGUGGGCUGCUUUGGUCGGCAAUGAGAACGGCUAUGUGUGAGAUUGCCUCCUCAGUCGCUGCUACCUUGGAUCAUGGUGAGGACGCAGGAGGGGACUGCUUCUAUGGAUUCGGCGGCCUGUUCGGCCCAGAUGCGGACUACUGGGCAACGAUUGCAAGGACUAAAGAUGCCCUGAUGGCGGAACCAAGGUCACCGGGACCUCACACCGAGGAUGCGUUCGUACUGUCUGGCUCUAACAUAGCGGGUAUCGCCGAAAACGCAAGCAAUGGCUCGGAGCAGGAUGGCGAGGGAGGCCAACCAGGGAUGGAGGCGCACCACGGCGGUCUUGCUUGAUCUAGUGGCAGUUACCAUAGGAGAUAGCCGGUGUACCCCCUCC